GUCUGAUAGGUAACUUGAUAAUGUUGACAAUCCCCAUUGUGAUAACAUAUAAAUCUUUAAUCUUUAUAAUAGUUUAUAUGUCUGAGUUUUAAAUUUUUAUACGUUAUGCUGCCGGCUAAUACAAUUCUAAUAAUCUAUUAUUACAACGCUGUUGUAUUUACUACUUCACUCAACAAUAAUUACAAAUUAAUCAUAUAAUAAUUAAAAUAUUAAUAUUAUGCUCUCCGAAAUUUCUCUUUUGUAUACAAAUAAUUACAUUAAUAUUGCAUCUUUAAAAUUGUAGUUAUUCCUCAAUCAUAACAUGUCCACAUAAAUAUUUUGAUGAGCAUCUUUGUAUAACUUUAAUAAAAUCUCUCUAAAAACAAUAAAAAAAAAUAAAGUUCAAUAUAUAUAUAUAAUAUCUAAUUAUUUAAUUUGUCCAAAAUUUAUUUAAUAACAAUUUUGAAUUUUAAAUUACGACAUAAAAAAUUUUUAAUUUAUUUUUUAUUUCAAUCAUGUGCGAAAUAACAAGUGAAAAUUUUUAUUCUGAACUGCCGGUCAUCGAAGCAGCAAUAAAUGAAUCGUCUUUUAUUUGUAUAGACAUGGAAUUCUCUAAAAUAAAUGAAACUAUUUACAACCCAUUUAGGUACGUAUAUUGUAAAUAUAAAUAAUACACAUUUUUAAGGGAUCUAUUUUGAAAGAAUUUCAAUUACAUUUUAUUUACUGUAAAGUAAGUAUAAGUAAGCGAUAUUAUUUUCAAUAAUAUUUAAAAUUAAUCAAAUCAUUCCAAAAACUAUUUUUUCUGAUUUUAUUCUAUUAUAAGUUUAAUAUAUCAUACCUAUAAUAAAUUGAUACUUCAAUCAUUAUUGUUCAUUGUGUAAUAUUAAUUUAAAUUUUAAAUAGAAAUUCUUACUGCUCUAAUAUUUUUUUCUUCAUGACAUGUCCAAACCAUGUUUCUAUUUCACAAAUUAAUUUAUAAAGAACUUAGUGUUUUUAAUUUUCAUGAUCUAUUUGUAUGUUGUAAUUUAUUCUACAUGUUUAAAGUCAAUCUUAAUAAAUAUAUUAUAAAACAUAAUUAUAGUACUAGGUUAAACCUAAAUUCCUUUUGUGCUACUGUUUUUGGUUAAAAAAGUCCAAUUUUUAACGGCAUUGCUUUAUUACGUAAAUAUAAUAUUAAAUUGGAUAACUUCAGUAGUGAUAUGGUAUUUAAAAAAAUUUAUUAAUACCUAGUAUAUUUAAGGUUUAUUAUAUAUUGAGUUACUUUGUUAUUGUAUUUGUUUCUGAUUAUUUUUAUUUUUUACUUUUUCAUAGCUAGAUAUUGAAUUUAACCCAGUUAUUAUUAUUAUUAAACCAUUUCAGACUAUUUUCUCUCAUUUUGUAAGCAAUGGAAGCCAUGCUUAAGUAAGCUACCUCCUAUGUACCCAUUUCUUAUCAUAUCUUUUCUCAUCUUUCUACUCAUUUACCUAAACCUUCUCAUCUCUGCUACACUCAUUCACUGUUUUAUUUUUCUGUCUAUUGCUCAACAAUCUGAAUAAUAUUGUAUAAAACUGAAUAAUAUUUUAUUGAAUAUUUGUUAAUAGUAUAGUUAUAUCUGCUUUUAGUUUCUUAUUAUAUUAUAAUAUUAUUUAUUUAAUCAAGAAUAAGUACUUAAAUAAAAUAAGCUGUAGUAGAUAAUGUAAGUAAUUUUAUUACCUACCUAAUUGGAUGCUUUUAAGAUGUUAUCAAAAUUACUUUUAGAAUCUACUAUAAGAAAUUAUUAGACAAUUUUGAUUGCGAACUCUAUCUGAUAUUUUAAAAUGUAUAUUUUUAUUUUCAGUUAUUUUGAUAUACCUGAAGAACGAUAUAGAUUGUUAAGGGAAAAAGUAUCUGAUAUAACUUGUAUACAAUUAGGCCUAUCAAUUUUUACCUAUGACAUUACCAAGAAAACAUUUAAAACACGUGCUUACUCAAUUUAUACAUUUCCUCAGACAUUUUAUAAAUCCGAAACUGUGGUUCAUUUUCAAACAGGUUGUGUGGAAUUUUUAAAUAAACAUAACUUUGAUUUUAACAAGGUAAAUUUUAUAUUCCAUUAUUUUUUAUACAUUUUAUAUUAAUUAACUGUAAGUAAAUUUUUAGUUAACAAGUUAACAUUUAUUUUUAGUUGUUAAAAAGUGGUGUUCCUUACUUGACUGAUGAACAAGAAAUAAUAAUUAAAUCAAAAAUGUUAGAUGAUUUAUUUUUUUAUAAAUAUUUAAAAAAUAUUUCUCGGUUCUCUGGAAUUGAAGAAGAAUUAGACAAAAUUGUAAACAUUAUUUCUAUCUGGUAUAACAAUGCAAAAUAUGGAGAAAACAAAAUUUUUGAAAUAAAUGAAUGCUAUGGAUCUACUUUCAUUAUCUUAAUACAAUAUCAUUUACUGAAAAAAUAUAAAAACAUACAUAUAUAUGAAGUAAUAGUUAUUUUAAGAAUCCUUAUAAUAAUUUGUCUAAUUACACACUUUAUUUUGUAAACAUUAAUACAUUUUGUUUUCAAGAUUAAAUCUGCAUUAAGUAUUACAAAAGCAAAACAAAUUGAAAAUGUAGAUACAUUGAAUAGUUCAUUGUAUAAAAAACUUAAACAAAGUUUGUUUGAUAAAAAGAUGGGUAUCAAGUAUUUGCUUAAAUUACUACUCGAGUUAAAAAAACCACUAAUUGGUCAUAAUUGUGGUUUAGAUUUGUUAAUUUUAUGCAACCAAUUUUUUCAACCCUUACCUGGUAAUUCAAAUUUGAUUCAUAUUAUUAUUGUUUGUGAUUCAUUUAUCAUGCUAAUUAAAUUUGUUUGGAAUUGAUAAAUUUAUACAUAUAGACAGAUAUAUUUUAAUGUAUAUUGGUAUAAUUUAUUGUAUACAAAUUAAAUUUCAGACAAUUUUAGAGAUUUUCAAAUUUUUGUGUCGAGAAAUUUUGGGCCGAUUUAUGAUACAAAAUUGUUAUGUAAAGAAUUAAAACGUAUUAUGCCUAAAAAUGGUUUGUAAUUUUGUAUCUGCUUAAAAAAUUAUUUUAAUCAUAUUUUUAAUUAAUUAUUAUUUAUAAAUUUAGAUAACUGGAAAGGAAGUUCUCUUUCAGAGAUGUAUUCUUUCUUGGCAGAUGGGGAUGGCAACAUAAAUCCCAAUAUGAUAAACAUUGAGUUAUUUGGUAUUGAAGAACGUAAGAAAUAAUAUAAAGUGUAUUUUAAAACUGUUUAAUGUACUUUACUUCUUGGAUAAAUCAAUAUUUUAAGUGGCCCUCAGAAACAAGCAAAUAUUAUAUGACUAUUUUAAACAGUUGAAUUAUACAAUUCAAAUGCAUGUUUGUUUCUAUUUCUUGCAAAUUUUUUAAACUAACUUAAGAAUUUUUGAGAUCAAACCACUUAUAAGUGUUAUUUUUCUAUUAUUGAAUAAUACUUUUCUUAUAAUAUUAGAUAAAAGAAUAUAAAGAAUAUAAGAUAAGAGUACUUAUCUAAUAUGAUGUCUAGAAAUAUUGUCAAUGUAAUAUUUUAGUUACGCUUUAUUUUAUAUUACAAAAAAAAGUAUAUUCACAAUUUUAUAAAUAUUAUAACAGUUACUAUUCAAAAUUUUAGAUACAUAUUUGUCUACAAUUGUAUAAAACUUAUUUUAUUCAGUCUUAUAUUUAACUAUCAAUUUUCGAAAAUAGAAAAUUAUAUUAAGAAUUCAAUAAAUAGAUGAAGCAUUAGUUUAAAUAAAUGUUGGCAUUGAUAUUUACUAAUUCUAUCAACCCAUUAAAGCAAAAUUCCACUUUUAAGUUUUGACUAUAGGAGAGUAGUGGAGCACUAUUUAAACACAAAUAAUGCACAAAAUUAAGGUUGUUUAAUUAUACUAUAUUUAUUAGGUGGUAUAAAUAAAAGUCUUAUAUGAACAAUUUUAAAAAAAAUAUGUAUCUAAAUAUUUGAAAAAAGUAUAUUUUUUGAAAUAAUUAGUGUUGAUAAAGUUAUCACCUUGCGUAUUACACUACUUCUAUUAUGAAAAUAUGCACUGCCCAAUAAAAACAAGAAUUAUCGCUUGUAAAUAGAGAAAAACUAUUUGAUUUAUUCAGAUACACCCAUUUUUUAAAGAAAUAAUUCACUUUAAGACAUUAAUAAUUAUUACUUUUGUUUUUAACACAAUAAAGUUAUGAAAUACUGGUUGCAUUAUAGUAUUUUUAUAUUUUAGUUUACUGAAUAUUUCAAGUAUGUCUGGCUUUUUAAAAUAAAAUUUUUAUAAAGAUUAAGAAUAAUAUUUUAUAUUCUAGCUCAAAAAAUGAAACUUCAUCAUGCUGGUUGGGAUGCUUAUUAUACUGGUUAUUGUUUUAUAAAAAUUGUUCAUAUUAUUAAAAAUAUGUCCAAUAAAGGGUAAGCUCAUAUUUUUUUGUAACUUAAAUACCUAUAUUUCAAAAAUACUUUAUAUAAUAGUUUUAACAUUUGAUAAUAUAUCAAACUUAUUGUAUUAUAAAAAAUUAUUAAUGAAUAAUUUUUAGGGAAACAAAUUUUCAAACAUAUACCUUAACAGAACUUUUAAAAUCAGUAGAACCUUUUAAAAAUAAAUUUUUCACCCAACGAUCUAUUUCAAAUAUUAUUGUAAGUAUUCAUUCACAUAUAGACAAUUAUGUUAUUUAAAUUGUGUUUAUUACUUUUAUAAAUAGUAUUCUGUUUAUACUAUUUAUCUAUAAAUACUCAAUACUUAAUUUUUAAUUUAGGAUUUGAAUACAGAUAAUCUUCAUAAUCAGAUUGAUUAUUUAAUUAUUCAAAAUAAAGGAAUGUUUUGGAAACCUUUGGAUGUAAAAAAGGUAAAUAUAAUAUUUUUUAUUAAGAACUUACUAGAAUAUAAAAAAUGUUGUGAAUGUACAUUUGGUUUUAGCUGACACAUCGUCUGAAAGAAAUAUGUGUAUUUGAUAUAAAAUUACUUUCAAAUUACACUGCCUUGAUUGUCUCACCUUACCUGUAAGUUAUAUUUAAAUUAAUUUAUUAUACUAUUUUAUUUUUGAGAAAUAUUUACUAUUUUAUGAAUUGUAACAUUUAAUACCUUAUUAAAGUGGUUUUUUUAUUCUUUCUUUAGGAACCAUUCAACUAAAUUAACUGUUAAAUUUAAUUAUACUGAGCGAUUUUUUUUAUCAUGAACCAGCUAUUAUCUCAGAGGAUUUUAAGUGAAUUUGAUUUCAAUUUUUCUGAUCAUUAUAGAAUCAUUUAAGCUUUAUUUUAAAACUAUUUUUAAUUUUUUUACCCUUACCCCCUAUACCUUAAUUAAAUAGGGUAAUGCAUAUCACAUGCUUACUUUUGAGUUUUAAAUCGGGACCCCUCCCUUUUGAACACAGAUUUAAAUAUAGAAUAUUUUUCUAGAAAUUUUGGUAUGCAUAACACUAAUAUCAGAUUUACCAUUUAUGAGUAACAGUUUAAAGUUUGGACCGGAGGAGUAGAGAGGGAUCAUAGGUAGGCAAUUUAUUAUCAUUCCCUAUUUGAAAAUCAAAAGUAUGCAUUUACUUAAGGUACAUGGAGUAGGGUUAAAAAAUUAAAAAUGGUUUUAAAAUUUAAACAAUUCCAUAAUGAUUAGAAAAAAACAAAAAUCAAAUUCACUUAAAAUCCUCUGAGAUAAUUGCUGGUUCAUAAGAAAAAAAAAUCAUUCUGUAUAAUUUUAUAUGUGUAAGCUUUAUUUAUAUAAAACUUUCACUAAUUUGUAAUUUAUAUUUGAAUAUUUUAUGAUAGAAAUAAGCGUAUAAUCAAUGAUUUAAAAUCAGAGUACAUGAUUGAUGAGUAUUCACAUUAUCAAAGAAGAAAAAAAAAGCAAUAUAUAUUGGGUUUAAGUUUAAUUAUGUAAGUAUUUUUAAGUAAAAUUAAAUAUUAAAAUAGUACAGUAUUUGUAUUUGGUUUUCAGAAGUAUUCCGAUUAUAAUUCAUAGAUAUUUAAAGAAAUGAUGGAACAUGCACAAUAAUUGGAUGAAACUAGCAUAAUAAGCAAGUAAAUUUAUUUAAAUUAAUUUAUUGUGUUUUAAUUUAAAAAUGUAUGAAACAUGUAGUUUAUUCAUAUUAGUUAAUUAAUUGUAACUUAAUAAUAUUUUAAUGUUAACUAAAAUUAAUAAAACAUACUUAUUAUUGUUAAGUACUUUCUUACUAUUGUAAAAUGAAGUUAGUUAGAAAAGUUAUAUACAUUUUUACUAGAUGAUUUCCCAGUAUAUUUAUUUAUUUCAAUUUUAUAAUCCAAAAUUCAAUUAUUUUUUUCUUAGAUAAAAAAAAUAAAAUAAAAUACUAUUUGUCUGAUAAGUGUAUGCCAAUAGUGCAAUAAAUGGUAAUAUUUUACUGUUGUUGAAGAACUACUCGAAUUAUAAUUCAUUCAGGCCAAAAAAAAAAACGAGCAGUAGAGCUCCAUCAUUAGAGUUAAAUUGCCCCUCCUCUCUGUUGACUUGCUGUCUUUAUAAUAUUAUAAUUAAACAAAAAGGUUUCAUCAAAAUAGGUAAAGUAGUUCUCAAGAUUUUUGCCAACAUAUAAAUAUACAGUGGGGAUAAAGGGUUAAAAGUUGAAACCACCAAAAAUUGUAUCAUUCAUACUUAUUCCGUGCAUAUUAUGCAAAAUGUCAUCCUCCUGACUUCAUUUAGGAAGUCUAUAGGAGGGGUGUAGCGAAAAUAUUUAAAAAAACCUCAUCCUGAAACAACAUGGUUAAGUUCGUACUGAAAUUCAACCAACAUUUUAUCAUUUCAAUCUGCCUUUAAAAAAGAUAAUUCCCAAAUUUUGCUCUUUUAGUCCAGAAGCUGCCACUAAGUGUCCAAAGGUAUCGAUAAAAGUUAAAAAAUAUAUAAGACAAGAUAUGGUGCAAUAGUUUCUAUUUUUCAAAAAAAAAUAACUAAAACAAAUUGAUUAAAUACAUAUAUAUUACAUCUAAAUACACCAUUUCAAAUGUAAGCAUAUUAAACUAUUAACAGAUUUAAUAGACUAAAUUUGAAUACAAAAAAAAACAUUAUCUUUAAUUUCAUUAAACUAAAAAUUAUAUAAAAAAAAAAAUUAUUUUGGUUUAAUAAAUUACUUUAUUGUUUUUAAAUUAUUUGUUAGCGCCUAAACCAUAUUAUUGCUCAGUAGUAAUUAAUUUUAUUCAAAUAUUAAUGUUUAUCCACAUCCACCGCCAGAACAUGGACUUCUCCUUGCAGGUCUAUAGUUUGAACCACUGCCAGAUCCCAUUAAAGGAUUGUAAUCUAAACAAAACAUAAAUAUUUAUAAGAAUGUAACACUCAAGAAAUAACAACUGUC